GCCGCUGGGGAUUAUGGGUUUACAUGGCGGCGCCCUGCGGAGUCAUGUUGGAUUCUUCCUUACAGACUUUAUUCUAAUUAAUAUGAAAUUGUAAGAUGCUGUACAUGCGCUAAACAUGUGGAAUCAAAUUCGUAAACUGCAAAAGAACAGGACUGUGAGAUAUGGCAUUCCGAUGCUGCUGCUGAUCGUGGGAGGGUCGUUUGGAUUGAGAGAAUUCACACAGAUUCGAUAUGAUGCACAGAAGAUAAGAAAGAAGCUGGAUCCUGCACUGGAAGCCAGAGUGAAUUCUCAAAAACAGUCUGUCAUCCUUGAAGAAGAGUAUGAGAAACUGAAGGAUCUGAAAUUGGAGGGAUGGAAGAACAUUCGUGGCCCGCGUCCCUGGGAGGAUUCCAAAGAGUACCAGGAGCAACAGCGAGCUCGGUUUAAUAAAGGCACAUAGAACUAUAAAAAUGGUCUCCCCCCACUGGCAUAGAGGUGCAAGAUAUUCAUAAAAUUUGUCGAGUGUGCCUACGUUAUGUUAAAAGGUGAAGUGUGUAAUAUGCUUUCUCUCUUCCUGGCAUAAAAUGAAUAUAUGAAAACUAUAAAUAAGCCAUUUGUAGAUUGACUAUCAAAAACUGUAAAAAAAUAUGCCUCGUAGAUUAGUUUAGAUUAUAAACUAAUGUUCAGAAAUGAAUGAGGUUUUAUGAAUGAGAUUUAACCAUAAGUCUGGUCUUUCACUCUUGUGUAUUGUGCAGUGUGCCAAGUAGCUAUGUUUGGAAUAGCAUUCUACCCAUAUAGACUGCAGUAAGAGUAGUAUGGAAGUAUUCCAAAUAUAGCUAAUGUGUGGAUGAGCUGCUUUUAAAGGGAUAGGUCACCCCAAAAUGAAAUGAAUCCCCACUUUAACUCAGAUGGGAAAGUGAAACUAAACAGGCACCAAAUGUGACUUUUAGAUGUAAAAGUGAAAGUGGAGAUUUAGAGUAAAAAAUGACUUAAAUAUUAGGGAUGCACCGAUCCGAUACCUGGAUCAGUAUCGGCUCCGAUACUGAAGCUUUUAGACGGAUCGGGUAUCGGUCCAACGAGCCCGAUCCAAAUCUGAUACUGUGUGUUAGUCAUGUUCGUUACUGUCAAGCUCCAAAAAUGACAUAAAAGAACCAUAAAAACACCAUUAAAGCAGUUCAUAUGACUCGUGCAUUUUAUUCGAAGCCACUUGAAGAUGUGCGAUUAGCUCUGUGAAUCACAAAAGGCUGUGUUUAAUAAGUAAAUAUAUAGUAUGUGCAGCGUCAGCGCAUUAGUGAAUGGUGCUGCUCUGUUGACACAAACUCACGCACAGGCUGGUGAUGCACUCGUGGUUAUUUUUAGCCUUCACAGCAGUGUGCAAUAUUUGAACGCUACUCAAGAACAGCAUCUCAGAUGUAGAAGCUCAAUAGUUCGAUUCACUUAUAAUAUGCAUUUAGAACGGCACCAGAGGUGCAUUUUACCAGAAUUUGAAUAAGAAGCGAAUUAAACUACUGUGAACUUGCCUACAAAUAGACACAUACAAGACUUCAUGGAGAGUUUAGAAUGUCAAAAUAAAAGCAUGAGGGUUUAAAAAGUGCACAAUUGAAAUAUUACUGUUGUAUUUAAAAUUAAAAGUCAAUAAUAAUAAUAAUAUAAUUUAUUAUUAUUAUUAUUAUUAUUAUUGUUAUCAUUAGUAUUUGUUUACAGUUUAUAACAAUAUUUAAGUUGAAUGUGUUCCAAAAAAUAACUGUGUGAAUGAAAAUUGGACUGAUAUCUUACAACUAAAUUGAACAAAAAAGAGAUCUGAAUCCUUUAAAGUCCAGAUACAAGUUGAAACAUUUUGGGAAAUAUAUAUAAAAAAAAGGCAAAAAUAAAACACUGGGUUCUUUUCUACUGAAGACUUGAAGACUGGAAUUACUGUUAAUUUUGCUGCUACACUAUCCAGUAUACUCGUUAAUAGUAAAGUGUUUUUUAAUAAGCUAUACAUUUAUAUUGAAAUAAUGUGUAGUUAGAGUUUUAUGUUUCUUUACAUAUAAGAGUACUCCUAAUUAGUUCCACACAAUAAUGUAAAGAUAUUCUAAACUGAUUAAAACUGAUGCAAAAAAACAACACUGGUAUCGGCUUGGGAUCGGUAUCGGCCGAUACUGAGAUUUCCGAUAUCGGAAUCGGAUUAGAAGCGGAAAAUUGGUGUCGGUGCAUCCUUAUUAAAUAUUUAUCUGUUUCUCACCCACACAUAUCAUAUCGCUUCUGAAGAUUUGGAUUUAACCACUGAAGACUUAUGGAUUUCUUUUAUGCUGCGUUUAUGCGAUUUUUGGAUCUUAAAAGGUUUGGUCACCAUUCACUUGCAUUGUAUGGAUCUACAGAGUUGAGAUAUUCUUCUAAAAAUCUGUGAAAGUGUUCUGCUGAAGAAAGAAAGUCAUACACCUCUGGGAUGGCUUGAGGAUGAGUAAAUUAUGAGAAUUUUCAUUUUUGGGUGAACUAUCCCUUUAAUGCUAGUUAGCGUUGAUACUUUUUAUGUGAGCUGUUUGUCAUGACACAAACACACAUCCUUCUUCCUAAAUUGAAAUAAAAUAAAAUUAAUUAAAUGCUGCAAUACACCACACUGAAA